AUGCCGGCUUCCUUAUACGAUUCUGAAUUGAAUACCUUCAUUGAUCGACUUCUCGAUGAACUUGGUCCUGAUGUUCAACUUGCUGGUCAGCCGCUUCCUACUUGGGAGCGAGUUGGCUUGCUGCAGCCUCAACAAAAUCAAGAAAAACUGUCAAUGGACGGUGAAGCCUUCGUCUCGAUUUGCUCUCCUCUUGCCAGCACUGUCCAAACCCUCCCCACAAUCCAGUCUUCCCCACUGAUUUCCCCUAAGCAUCUAGAUAUUAAGGCUUUUUGCAAAUCGCCCCAGUCAGCCAUCGCCCCUUGCAAGUCUUUCACAAAGCCAUAUACUGACCUUAUUCAGUCUAUCACUUCAUCCAGCACAUCUGUUGAUCCAUUUCGUCAGCCCUCAGGUGACAUUUUGGGAGAGAAUUAUGCUGAUUUGGAUAGGCGUUGUUCAAACCCCGUAGAAGCGGGCCUCUCUUUCAAUUUGGUUCAAUCUUCCAAGUCGGUGCCAACUUCUAGCUUUACAUCUGUAUCGUUCGAGCCCAUCAAUCGGCCUCAAACAUACUCCUCUCCCCCACCCAUCAUUGUUGAUUCACGUAUUCAUUCAUCUUCCUACUAUUCGAAGCAUGACAUGAUUUCUGGGUCUGCCGAUCGUGUGGUUGCCGCAGAAGCUUUGUCAGGACAUAAUUCUGCUGUCAGCUUUCCGACAUCUGGUGUACAAAUGGACUCGGACCCAUCAUCUUACCCUACAGGCUCUCUUUUGAUGGAUCUGUCUAGCUCAGGCUCACCAACCUUACUGCCAUCCAUUAGCAACCUGUCUCAUAAACUUAGUAACUCGAAAUCAUUGUUUCGGUCUGCUAAACUUAAGCACUGCGUUUCCCUGCCGAUACUUCGAUUGAAAUCGCCCUCGAAAUUAUUUCGGCCAUCCCAACGAAUUACGCUUCUCAAACCAGAGAGUAAAGCUGAUUCGAAUCUCAUGACACCCAAGUCUACAUUGGAAGGGCCAUUGGUAUUUCAUUCUUUGGCAUUCACAGAAGCUAAAAUUUAUCGCCCAAAAUCAGCUCCUCCUUUCGACCAAUCCUUUAGACUAUCUACUAAAGAGUUUUUAGCUAAUCAAUCUAACCACAUCACUCUUACUUCUCUGCCCUCUACUUCCAAGCAUAAAAGCCUUGUUACUACUGAUUUUCUCUCCUGUCCUAACGGAGCCCCUGGCUCAUCACUUUUAGAUAUAUUCGCUCCUUUAUCUCCAAUGCAACAGCCUCAACCGACCGCACUCUUGUCCAAGUCACCUAGUUUGGGCGAACGGUUGAACGAUCUCGGAUCUUUACCCGUUUUAGAUGGACAAACUUCCUGUUUACCCGAAGUCCCAACUUUCACUUCGCCGGCAAUUUUGGUUUCCCACACACGGAAUACAGCUCUCGCAUCCUUGGGCCAGCCUCUUGGGUCAUUGCCAGUUAGCCCUUUCUCUUUAAGCUCACAAUUGAAUUCACCUCCUACCGUAUUAUCUAAGGCGACGCCUACGGCCCUAAAGGUUGCUUCUUCGAAUGCCGAUUGCAGUGAUAUAUUCCCUUCUUGUACUUCGCGCUGCUCCAGAACCGCCGGCUGCUAUAAACGAAGCAGGCGAGCCAGCGGCCCCACGAAUCCGCUCAGUUUCUCUGUCUCUCUGGAAUCAAGAAGCUCUUCAUGGUCGCCAUCUUCGUCACCCAAGAGAACUCGUAUCGUUUUGGGGACUAAUUUGUCUCUAUUGCAUAAU